UCUGAACAGUGUAGGGUGACUCUGGCCAAGGAGACAGGGGAGACGGCUCUGGAGAGCACCAUGCAGGCCUGGGGCUCUGUGAUGUUCAUUUUGGCCACAGUGAUGAUUUCUAUGGCGGAUGCCAAGAUCUAUGAACGCUGCGAGCUGGCAAUGAAGUUGCAGAAGGCAGGCCUCAAUGGCUACAGAGGCUACGGCAUUGGAGACUGGCUGUGCAUGGCACACUAUGAGAGUGGAUAUGACACCUCUUUCGUGGAUCACAAUCCUGAUGGCAGCAGCGAAUAUGGCAUUUUCCAACUGAAUUCUGCCUGGUGGUGUAACAACGGGGUCACACCCACUGAGAAUCUCUGCCACAUGGACUGUCGUGAUCUGCUCAAUCGCCACAUUCUAGAUGACAUCUUGUGUGCCAAGCGGGUUGUGUCCACACGGAACGGCAUGCGUGCCUGGGAUUCUUGGAACCAUCACUGCGCUGGCCAUGAUUUAUCUGAAUGGAUCAAGGGGUGUAGCGUGCUUGUGAAAACUGACCCAAGGAGAAUUCAUCCAUGACUCCAACUACCAGGAAUAUAGAUAUUCCUUUUCUUUUUCUUUUGUGAAAUAAUAAAGGAUGG